AUGGCCAAGUACUGUAGUGCUACUCCGACAAAUCCGCCCAGGAACAACCCACCACCAGUCAACAGAAAUCCUCCAACCAGGAACACUCGACUUCCACUACCACCAGCUGCUCCAGUUCAAAGGAACCAGAACCAGAACGCCCAAGUUCAGCUGCAGGAAGGAUCGUUGUUUUCCUUUAAAGGAUUCAAGGUCCAUUGUAAUCGUGAUACGUUCCGUAUUUUCAAGGAUGCCCUGUAUAUGCUUGAAUUUGAGGGUAACACAAAAGUUGCUAAGGCCACUGGAUAUAUCAGUCAUUAUAUUCGUUAUCUAUUUCAGUUUCUUGAAUUGGAGGAAGUUGUGCCUACUGAAAAUCUUUAUGUUGUUGACUUGAUUGGUUAUCUGACAUCUGUUGGAGAAAUCUUGACAAAAUCUACUGGUGCAAAAACUUUGGAGUUUAAUUUUACAAAUCAGCGAGGAUGGCAAGUCCGUGUUACUCUGUGGGGAAAACUGGGCAACAAUAUGAUAAAAAAGAAGCUUCAGAACCCUGUUGUCUAUGCCUUGAUUCUCACUGCGAUGAGUGCAAAGAAAUACUUUGGUAAAAUUGUUACGCUAUUUAUAAUUGUUAGACUGGGUCGUAUGAAGAAGUCUGACCCAGGGAAUAAUGAAGAUGAGACCGUUGUGUUCUCCAACAUGGCAGAGAUUGUCGGUGUUCGAACAAGUAGCAGGUGGUACUUGAUUACUUGCAGCUCUGGUAGAUGCUUGAAGGGUUUGACGAGGGAUGAUGGUGGUUUCAAGUGUGAGGGGUGUAACAAAAUUGUGGCCUACCCCCGUUUCAGGUUUAAACUGCAGUUAGAUAUCAGGGAUGAAACAGCAACAGUUGUUGCAGUUUUGUUUGAUAAUGCUGCUGAGACACUGCUAAAUCGGUCGGCAAAAUCACUGAUGGAAGAAGAAAUGCGGGAUGACUUAGGAGAUGAUGUUCUCCCGCCUGCUUUGCAGCAGUUGCUUGGUACAAAACACAGAUUUGAGAUAAAGGGCCACUCAUAUUAUUGUGCUGGAACUUAUGAGGCAUUUAAUUGUAAUCAAGUGAUUUUGCCCGGGACAGACCCGCUGCUGUUGGGAGCAGAUAGUAGCCAGCAUACUGCUUCUAAAGCGACUAUGGGGUCAUCUUCUGUCAAGGUUAAGGACCCAAUUCCUGUAGUCACGCCCUUGAAGACCCGUGAACCACGAAAAUGCAAACUGCAUACCAAAGAGUCUGACCGUGUGCUUCCAACUGUUGGGAAAAAUAAAGCAGUGUUGAAUCUUGGCACUGUUGGUGAUAAAAACAGGUAA